AUGGGUCUCGCAUGUUUGCCGACGCUAGUCCCGGACAUCAAAGAUGUCUACGACGCCUACUUUGAAGCCUUCAAGGGCGAACCGAUCAUCGACAUCCUGUUUCCCAGCGGGGUGGACGAGUCAUUCCGCAAGCUUCACACGGAAAGCACAGCAGAAUACUGGAAGCAAAGCAAGUGCCAGUACACUGUCAAGUGCAUCGACUCUGAGACUGGAGAGGUGAUUGGAAUGGGUCUUUGGGAUCUCUACAUGCAGGAGCGCACCGACGAAGAGAUCAAGGAUCCCGGUGUCACUUGGCUGGAGGGUACCCACAAGGAGAGGGCGGAAAGGAUCCUCGGUCCACUUUGGAAGAAGAAGAUUGAAAUCAUGGGAAGGAGGCCUCAUAUCUACUGUCACGUUAUAGCCGUUAAGCAGGAGCACCAAAGGCGAGGGGCCGGGAGAAUGUUGACACAGUGGGGACUCGACUUGGCAGAGCAGCUGCGGCUGCCAAUCUACCUUGAGUCGUCCCCCCAAGCGGAAAGACUAUACCGGAAACUAGGCUUCUUCGAAGUUGACAACGUCGUCCAUGAGGCUUCAGACCUGGGGAAGGAGGAGGAUGUCGGUAUUCCCCUGAUGGUCAAGAUGCCCUCGACACUGAGUAUGAGCUUCCCCGAAUGGCGAUCAAAGUUCUCAACAUAG